GGUGGCUAAGAGAGAGAAAAAGAAAAAACAAAAAAGAGAGAGGAAAAGAAAGCAACUCUGGGAGGAGAGAGAAACAAAACAAAGGAAAAACAGGGAAAAAAAAAAAAAUCAUAGAGAGGAGAGACAGAGAGCGCCACCCCUGAGCGAGGCACCAAAGAUGAUCGAAGACAUGCUCUGAGAUCAUCCUUCAAAGGGGCAGUAAUUGAAAAAUAUAUAAUUUUCUUCACAAAUUCUGCAAUUGUUUAUUAAAUUUCUUAUAAUUUGUUUUUCAUUGCUGCCUUUUUGAGUCUCUAUCUGUCUAUCUUCCUCCUAUCUAAUUACCACCCAAUUGCAUUUUUUUCCUUAUGUUGGACAAAACUUUUUCUAUUGAAAAGAGGAUAAACAAUUAUCAAAUUACACCAGAAUUGCAAUCUUGCCCUCAAGAACACCAGCAUUACACCAUCUUCUCUGCCACUUUUUUGUGCUCUAAUUCAUUUUGUGGAGAUUUUGGGAAGAUAAUCACCUGCUGAGCCACCUUAUGCGUAUUUCAGAAGAAAAGGGUGUAGAAAAUAAUUAUUAAAGCAAAGAUGAGGGACCCUGAUAUUAUCAUAGCCAACAACAAAUAUGAAUUGUUUGCAUUUCUUUGUAAUAUAGUGUUGUAUAGUUAUUUGUAAAUCAAAGCAGAUACACAGGGAUACAGUAGCCGCUCUUUUUGUUAUCAUUGUGAAUUAGGGGGUGGUUUUGAAUAGAAAACCUGGCGAUUUUGUAUUCCUGUUGCUACCUCCACUGCCAUAAUUGGUUCACCAAGCGAUGGGAGGUAGAUGGAACCCAUAUGGAUUCCGGUUCCUGUGCUUCUUUGUUUUGAUCCUUGGUCUUGAAAUUCAAGGCCAUUGGUCGAUUAAUGAUGAGGGACAAAAUCUGUUGGAGUUUCGUGCAAGAGUGAGUUCUGAUCCUUUUGGUGUUUUUGCUAACUGGAAUUCCAAUGACAGUAAUCCUUGUUUGUGGUCUUGUGUUCAUUGUGUGGCUGGCAAAGUGCAAACACUAGAUCUGAAUGGGCUUGAUUUGGAAGGGACACUGGCACCUCAGCUUGGAAAACUUAGUCACUUAAGAUCUCUAGUGCUCUCCAAAAACCGUUUCUCUGGCACCGUUCCUGAAGAGAUUGGAGAACUCAGAAAGCUGGAGCUACUGGACUUGAGGGGUAAUAACUUCAGUGGAGAAAUUCCAGUGGCAAUAGGAAGACUGCUGUCACUAAAAUGCUUGUUGCUAUGUGGCAAUAGAUUUGAAGGCAGCAGUUCUCUGGAGAUUGGGAAGCUUAAGUUAUUUUCUGAAUCGCAAUUGGAUGAAAAUGUUUCAUGUGAUGCAGCUUCUUCCUCUGCCUGUGUAAAUACAAUGUUUGGAAAUGGGUUCAAGAUUGGAAAAGACUCUCUGCAUGAACAUGAUAAGCAGCCAGCCAGUUCACCUGAGCCACGCACGGCCCAAAAUGCCGAGAUCCUUGUCAAUAUUGCACGUCGUGAACUAUUUGAAUGGUCCAGUAACCUCCCAGCUGCACCUGCUAGUAGUGAGUCCUCCGAUCAACAGAUUAUUGCAUUACCAACUAGCACAAGUAGUGGGAGUUUCCCAGCUAUACCAAAUGCAAACAAGAAUGAAUCUGCUCCACCACCAACUUCAAUUUCUGCGUCUCCACCGAAAGGGUUCCAAAGUGACUCUGAUUUCAGUUCAAAUAAUGGUUCUCAAAACAGUGAAACUUUUGAAACAUGGAUCUAUUUCUUGAUUAUUCCCGUUGUGUUUACCUUGAUCUUUAUUGUUCUGGGCCUGCUAUUUAUGUGUCGAAAAAGAGGAGUCACGACCAUAGGUCCGUGGAAGACUGGAUUGAGUGGACAGCUGCAGAAAGCAUUUGUUACAGGAGUUCCCAAGCUAAAUCGAGCAGAACUGGAAACUGCCUGUGAAGAUUUCAGCAAUAUAAUUGCCACUUAUUCGGGUUGCACAUUUUACAAGGGAACAUUGUCCAGCGGAGUUGAGAUUGCUGUUGCAUCAGUUUUAGUUGCUUCUUCCAAAGAUUGGUCAAAGAGUGCAGAAGUAACCUACCGCAAAAAGAUUGACAUGUUAUCUCGGAUUAAUCAUAAGAACUUUGUCAAUCUUAUUGGCUACUGUGAGGAGGAGGAACCUUUCAGUAGGAUGAUGGUAUUUGAAUAUGCUCCUAAUGGAUUUCUUUUUGAGCAUCUGCAUGUUAAAGAAAUGGAACAUCUUGACUGGAAUGCAAGGAUGAGAAUUAUCAUGGGCACUGCUUAUUGCUUACAAUACAUGCACCAUGAUUUAAAUCCACCAGUGGCACAUUCUAAGUUGAAUGCACGUAGUAUUCUUCUAACCGAUGACUAUGCGGCUAAGAUUGCUGAGAUCAAUUGCUUGCGACAAGCUUUCUCAAAGUCGAAGUUCUCAGGUGAGAACGAGUCAGAGAAUUCUUCAUUUUCCCCCGUGGUUGAUCUGGAGACAAAUGUCUAUAGUUUUGGGAUGCUUUUGCUUGAAAUCAUUUCUGGAAAGCUCCAAUACUCAAAAGAACAAGGGCCCCUCGAAAAAUGGGCCUCUGAAUAUUUGAAUGACAAACGUAGUAUCAGCUACAUGAUUGACCCAAGUCUCAAGUCUUUCAAAAACAAGGAGCUUGAUGUCAUAUGCGAGGUUAUCCAAGAAUGCAUACAACCAGAUCCAAAGCAGAGACCAACAAUGAGGGAUGUCACUUCCAAGUUGAGGGAAGUGAUUGCUAUCUCACCUGAUCAAGCAGUUCCAAGACUUUCUCCACUGUGGUGGGCUGAACUCGAGAUAUUAUCUGUUGAGGCGACUUAAGUUCUGUCUCACUCUCUCUCUUCUCUGUAUUGUAAGUUAAGUCUCUCUCAAAAAAAUAUUAGCUUUUUGAUUUGUGCUUCCCCCACAUCACUGAAUACCAUCAAUGCUUUCAGCUUCGACACCCCUUUUCUUUUUUUGCAUCAGUUGUUCUACAAAUGUGGGCCUGUGAUUUCACUGUAUUCCAUUUUCCUCUUUUAUAGCAUUUCCAUCAGAACGAGAAUGUAACAUAUUUGUUUGCUUUGAUGGGGGUACUGUGCUCCCAGCUGGUUCAUUUCAUAUCUAUUUUGUGAU